AUGCAUUGGAUGCAAUCAGUCAAGCGCAUGUCCAACAACCACCAAGUUGUCAAGCCAGAUGAGAUUGAUAAUACCUUCUUGAAGCUAGUCCAUCGGUUCCGUACCACAAGAAACAGUAUCGAAUUCUUUCGAACUGGUAAGGAGCUUUUGACCUUCUUUCCCAACUGUAAAAAGUGGUUACAGUGGUGGCUCCAACCUGGUGUCUCAAGUAUGGUCGCCAAGCGUGAUGGAAUGAUGUUGAUGGAUUUUUAUGACCACAAUAUCCGACCACAUUACGGAAACAAGCCCAAGAAGCCGACAAAAAAGUAUGCAACUCUGUAUGAAAUUAAUGACGGCCGUGCGCCAGAUAACAACACGGCACUCUUUGGCACCAAGAAGAGAAAACAAGAAGUGGUGCUCAUUAGCGAUGCUGAGGAGGAUGGCAAACGCAAGGCCAAGAAAGCGAAAACCCCGUGA